AUGGAGGAAAUCACUAUUCCUUCAGUCACAGAACUCUUGAAUUCUGGUGUUCGUUUCUUACCCACCAAGAGCAUAUCAAACAUCAGUUUUGACGCAAAAACAUGCACGUUUUACCUUCCCACAGUUUGUUUGGACGUUAAUACUAAAGUUUUCCUGAAAAAUUUGGUUGCAUACGAAGCAUCAGUUGCAUCGGGGCCCUUGGUUCUAACCCGUUUCACCGAGUUGAUGAACGGGAUUAUAGACUCGGAGGAAGAUGCAAGGAUUCUCAGAGAAAAAGGGAUCAUUCAGAACCAUUUAAAGAGUGAUAAAGAAGUGGCUAAUCUGUGGAAUGGGAUGAGCAAGUCUUUGAGAUUGUCAAGGGAACCAUUGCUGGAUAAGGUUAUUGAAGAUGUUAACAAGUAUUAUAACUGUAGAUUGAAGGUUAAAGUUGUGAAGUUCAUGAAGUCAAACGUAAUUGGAGCGAUUUUCCUUUACACUGGACUGGAGACAUUUGAGACUAAUGCAAAUGAUGUAUCAGAUAUUCUGGUCACAAGAGCAAAUACAGUAGUUGAUAUUGUUCAAAAUGUAAUAACCAAUCUUGCAGCGGCUAAGAACUUACAAGUAGCUAGUUUUACUCUUCCAAGUGAUAUGAAGAACGGCAUUGAAGUGGCUGAAAGAUUCUCCUAUAAAACUGAUGUGAUUCAGAGCCAAGCAGAGGAAACUGCAAGAAUCUCCAUGGAAUUCCUGAAAGCUAUAAGUGAGAGUCUGAUCAUUGUUGGCACCAUGCUGCUUCUGUUGGCAGCUGUUGGCUUCACUGACACAUGUGUUGCAAUGGAUGAAUGGGUUCAACACCCUCGAAGUGAAUCAGCUCUAAGUAGACUUCUUCCUUGCAUGGAUGAGGCCACAACCCAAAAAACCUUGGACAUAAGCAAAAACACCUCAUUCCAAGUGGUAGAUUUGGUUAAUGCAUUUGUAGAAAAGGUAGCCAAUGCUGAUUUGCCUCCUAUGAAGGCUGAUAAGGACAUAUACUACAAUCAAUCUGGUCCACAUUUGCCCCUCCUCUGCAAUCCAUUUUUCCCUAACUUGACUGAAAGGCCAUGUGAUGCAGACGAAAUAAGCUUAAGGGGUGCACCAACAGCAUAUCAAAGUUUUAUAUGCAAUACAUCCCCAUCUGGUUUGUGCAUCACAAUGGGGAGAUUAACUCCUUCCCUGUACUCAAAGAUUAUGGUGGCUAACAACUUAAGUGACUCGUUGCAUCGACAUGGUCCACUCUUAGCUCGAUUAGUAGAUUGUUCUUUUGUUAUUGACACUUUUGAUCAAAUCAACAAGGAUGAUUGCCCAUCGUUCAAGCGAUACACCCACCAGACUUUCAUUGGCUUGGUCUUGGUUUCAGCUGCAGUUAUGUGCUCUGUGAUCUUGUGGGUAGUUUUUGUUGAAGAAAGACGAGCUCAAAUAUCUUCAACCAAGUUCAAGAGUUACCUUAACUAA